AUGGCCAUAAAAGAGACCGAGUUCGAUCAAAUGACCGACUUGAUUACAUCAACAAGUGGAAAAUUACACAAACUGGUCGGGGCGUUUGUCUAUGACAGCAUGAAUGGCAAUGCAUUUCUCAAAGAAUUCAAGGCAACUUUAUCGGCAUUGGACAAUCAAGUCACCAUACUUGCCCAAUCGGUCAAUCCCACUACGACUGCCGAAUCAUCUUCACUUUCGAAACUCAUGUGA